AAAACUUUUCAUUUUCCAAAACAACCUAUUUUCUCAAAAAAAAAAAAAAAAAAUGCUUUUUAUUUAAUUUUUGAAUGGUUCUAGCAUGUCCAACGAUGAAAAUUCAUUGGGCGAAAAUCGCCAAGUGCCUGUGGAAACAUACAAGUGUUCUCAGUGUAACUUUUACACAAACCACGAAUAUUAUUUGCAACAACACAAUCUGACCCACGGCCUACAAGCCCUGAUGGAGCACUACAGGCGAAACAAUCAGCCUUUCGAUUCGAAUACCACAUCUAAAAUGUUACAAUGUUCAGAAUGUAACUUCCAAACGAAUCAGGAACCUUUUUACAAAGAACACAUUCAAACUCACAAUAAUUACAGAGUUCCAAUGCAAGAGUUUGAAGAUUAUAAAACUCCAGUGGAAUCGUUUGGGUUUGAUACUGAACAUGUUAAAUUAAAAAGCCAGCAAAGUACCACUUUUGAAUGUCCCGUUAAUUGUUGUACGUAUGAAACUCGUGAUGAAAAUGAAUUGAAACAACACAGUUUCAAUCAUGAUUUACAAACUCCUUGUCCUGAAUAUUUUAGAUGUUUGAAAUGUGAUUUUGAAUCGAAUCAAGAACAAGAAAUGAAAAGUCACAUUGAAGACCACGACACAAUGGACUCGAAUCCGGUUGCAAAUGAACCUCAACCUGUUAAAGAAGUUUUUAGAUGUAAUAAUUGUGACUAUGAAACAAAUCUAAAAGCAUUUUUAAAACGUCACAUGCAAGUCCAUACAAUGAAAAUAGAGAUAAAACAAGAACCACUUGAAAAAUACCAAUGUUUUCAGUGUAAUUUUGAAACAGGACAUAAAAAGUUUCUAGAAAGACACCGAUUGAGCCAUAAAAAAAUCAAAUAUUUCAAAUGUACCAAAUGUAAAUUUGAAACUUUAUACAAACGCAUUUAUUUGCAACAUUUACAAGCUCACAAAUCAAAGACAACUAAAAGUACUAAGACAAUAAAAUGCGAAGAAUGUUCCUUUGAGAGCAGCUCUGAAGAACAAUUGGAUAUUCAUAAGAAAAUUAAACAUACUGUAGGCGAAAUUGAUGCAAAUUUACACAAAUGUAAUUUUUGCAAGUAUCAAACUAAUUGGGAACCUUGUUUGAAGAGGCAUAUUGAAAGAGAGCAUUCAAAAAUUAAAAACGAAAAAAUUAUAAAAACUGAAGUAAAACAAGAAAAUCUUGGCCUUUUCAAAUGUGAUAAUUGCGAUUUUUCAAGUAAAAGCAAACACUAUCUUGUUUUACAUUUGAAAAGGUCCCACAUAAAAAUGGAAAAGCCCGAAGCAAAAUUGAAAAUCAAAUCGGAGAAAAAGGUGAAGGAUUUUGAUUGCAAAUUUAGAAAUUGUACAUUCCAAACCUCAAUUAAAAGCAAUUACGUGCACCAUUUGAGGAAGCACCAGAGUCAGAAUCCCAGGAGGAUCAUUUUUCAUUUCUGCGAUUUGUGCGACUUUAUUGCUAAAACUGAAGGGAAUUUGGAGGAGCACAAGAAAAAAAUGCAUCUUAAUCAUUUAAGACAAUUCUACAAAUGCAACCAGUGCGAUUUCAAGACGGUCUUCAAGCACAGCCUGAAAACGCACUCGAUAAAACACAAAACCUACACUUGCAAUGUUUGCGACGAAGAAUUGGAAUCGGCCUACGCCUUGGUAAAACACAGAAGAACGCAUCAAGUGAAUCCGAAAAAUCGAAUUUAUUUGUGCGACGUUUGCGGUUUCCAAAGCAAAAACGACCGGUCACUAAAGAUGCAUAAGAAAACGCACAAUCCGGAAUUUAAAUGUCCGGAUUGUCCUUUUCAAACACACAGCAAGGUCAAUUUCCAAAAUCAUUGUAUAAAUCACAAAAGUGCCGACGAAGUAACAAUGUUCCCCUGCCCUCAUUGUUCCUAUCAAUCGCGCCUAAAACGAAACUUAGCCUGGCACAUGAAACGGCACGUGGACCCAUCGAAAGCCCAAAUUUUCAAGUGCCCAUCAUGUGAAUACCAAACGUUCACCAACGCCCAACUAAAGUCCCACUUAAUGGUGCACAAGAGCAAAGAAGAAGUGAUAAUGUUGCAGUGCGAUUUUUGCACGUUUGAAACCAAGAGAAAAUCGAACAUGGUUCAGCACAGGUUGAGGCACUUAAAGGAUUCGCCUGAUGUUCCUUUGUUGUCUUGUCCUGAUUGUAAUUACACAACUGUGGCGAAAAGGCAUUUGAAUAAACAUAGGAAGACUCAUAAUGUGAAUCCAGAUAAAAUGUUUCAGUGCACUUAUUGUCCUUAUAAAAUCCAUAGGAAAGUUUACUUGAUGAGGCACAUGGAAAAUCACAAGACAGUUGAGACUUAUGGGGCAAAUGACCAGUGGCAAAGGUACACGUUUCCUCCUCAGCCUCAAAUGAAUAUAACUGGAGUUACCGUGGUACCUAAUUUAGGUCAGAAUUUGCCUCAUAAUUUGAUGUAAAUUGAGGUAAUGUUUUUUUUUUAUAACGGCUUUUUAGGUUUAAUUUAAGUAUUAUUGUGUACAAAAAAAAAGUAGCUUUAACAUGACCAUAAUUAUUUAUUUAAACAUCACACUUUAUAUACAUUAAGUUUUAUGUGCAAUUGAAAUUAUUUUAUCAUAAGCAAUAUUUUAAUUAAUUUGUCCCAGUGUCCUUUAACUUUAUAUACCCACUUUUAUUUUAAAACUGAGCAACAAAUGAGUGUGUCCUUAUUUUAUAUGUAUAACUUAUAUAAGUAGAUACUCAAUAAUGUAAAAUUAAAUACAUUUUAUAUAAAAAAAUUGUUUUCGCCAUAGACUUUAUUUGUAGGCUUCUCUGAUGGUUUGUAGAUUUUUCUUUUCAGCUCUGCUAGUCUUGAAUACUUUUUUUGUUUUCUCUUUUCUUCUGGUCAAGUUUGUCAAUUGGUUUUUGAACAUUUCCACCGGGUCGAUUCUCUUGGGGAUGUGCACUUGCCUUAUAUUUCUACCGCAAACGUAAAAAGUUGCAAGACAUUUUUGAGCU